AAAAGUCAAGUUUGCCUUUAUUCCUAUGCAUCUUCAUAUAAUAAUUAUGAGAGAGAGAGAGAGAGAGGAAAUGGAGAUGGAGAAGGACAGGAAGAGGAAAAGGGUGGAGAAGGGAGAGGCUGCGAUUGGCGGUGGCCAGAUGAGCAGCAAAGCACAAACACCGGUGGUGGCGCCGACGGAGGAGGAGGUGGAGGAGUUCUUCGCCAUUCUGAGAAGGAUGCACGUCGCCGUCAAGUACUUUCAGAAGGGAGUUUCUAUCGGUGAUGAGCUGCCAUCGGCUGCCGGAUAUCGACGGCGUUCUAACAGGGCGGAGAAUGGUGGACUGGAUCUCAACGCUGUGCCGGAACCGGAAAGUAAUUCAGACUAAGUGGUUUGUUUAAGUAUUUUCAAUAAUAAUAAUAAAUGUACGACUCCAUUAUUACAACUUAUUUUAUUUUCGUAUUGAUUGAUU